UUGAUAGCUGAUACAUUGUGUCAAUCUUAUUAUUACAGGUGGACGUAAAAUAAAGGGGAGCAAAGAAAUAUCAGCUUCACUAAAAUGCAGCAUGAAGUCUACUAUUGAGCCUUCCCGCACUCCUCAGGAAAACAGUCGCCUCCAUCCUCCCUAAAUCUAUCUCCUCUCUUUCCCCGCUCCAUAGAAUCCCUCAACGUCACAGCAGUCCUUCCUACAAGUUGGGCAACGACGGAACAUCGAGAAAGGUGUACAAGUUUCUGCAUGGAUUUACGGGAGUUGCGUCGACAAGAUCCAGAAUGCUGAAACCAGAAUGGAUCCUCCAGGUCAUCUGAGACAGUGUCAGUGUGUCCUCCCUGCUCUCCCUCCGUGGCAGUCCUCUUGUCCCCGAGCCUCAUCCCACGGGGCACCAUCUGCCUCUCCCUCUCCCGGCAGCAGCCCCCUGUAACGGCGUAGCGGUGGAAAGGCGACCCUGUAAAUAUGCCUGGAUGGAGGUCUCAGUGGCGUCUCGUCCUGCUGAACUCCCUGACCUGCGGCCUGGAGAUCUGUGUGGCAGCUGGGAUCACGUACGUUCCCCCCCUGCUGCUGGAGGCUGGGGUAGAGGAGCAGUACAUGACCAUGGUGCUAGGUAUUGGCCCAGUGUUAGGUCUCAUCUUCAUCCCUGUGAUUGGCUCAGCCAGUGACCACUGCAACAGCAGCUAUGGCCGCCGCCGGCCCUUUAUCUGGCUGCUGUCCCUGGGUGUCCUCCUAGCCCUCCUCAUCAUCCCCCACGCCGACCUGCUGGCUGCCUACUUCACCUGGGGCGGACGCACCCUGGAGGUGGCCUUCCUCAUCCUCGGGGUGGGCCUGCUCGACUUCUGUGGCCAGGUGUGCUUCACGCCGCUAGAGGCGCUCCUCUCGGACCUGUACCACGACGAGGAGGACUGCAACCAGGCCUUCGCCAUGUUCUCCUUUAUGGUCAGCCUCGGAGGCUGCGUGGGCUACCUGCUGCCUGCACUGGACUGGAGCCGGGGCCUGCUGUCCGUCUACCUGGGCGGCCAGGCAGAGUGCCUCUUCUUCAUGCUCAUCCUCAUUUUCGUGACCAGCGUGCUUAUCACCAUGAAGGUGUCGGAGGAGCCGUCGUGUGCUGGCGUGGCGGCCCUGGAGCCAGGUCCUCUCCUGGAGGCGGGCCGCUGCGGCGUGCCGCGCUCCUGCUGCUACCUGCUCAAGUGCAAGCUACGGCUUCUGAAGUCAGGCCCGCUGUUGUGCCUGCUGAGGACGUGCUGGUCCAUGACGCCGGCCAUCUACCGCAGCUACUGCCACGUGCCCCGGGUGAUGAGGCAGCUGUGCGUGGCCCAGCUCUGCAGCUGGAUGGCCGUCAUGUCCUUUAUGCUCUUCUACACAGACUUUGUGGGGGAGGGGCUGUACGAGGGCGUGCCCAGUGCCGCACCGGGGACCGCCUCCAGGCAGCGCUACGACGACGGCAUCCGUAUGGGCAGCCUGGGCCUGUUCCUGCAGUGUGCUACCUCUACCGUCUUCUCCCUGCUCAUGAGCCGACUGGUCCGCCAUUUUGGCUCGCGCCGGGUCUACAUGAGCAGCAUGGUGAGCUUCACCAUCUCUGCCCUUGUCAUCUGUAUGUCCAAGAGUGUGGUCCUGGUCACUGUGAUGUCGGCGCUGACCGGCUUUGCCUACGCCACGCUGCAGACGCUGCCGUACACCCUCACCUGCCACUACCACAAGGAAAUGGAGGUUUACAUGCCAAAAAAUAAAAUAAAAAACUUGCUUAAGAACGGGAUUGUGAUCAAGCAGGACUCGAUCACGCAUUUGACAGCCGUGGACGAGGAGGGAGGGCUGGCCCACAAACUGGGGGGCACAAACGGGCAUGCUUUCUUCAGCCAAGACGGCUCAGACUACUACCCCCUCCCCACGGACAGAAUGGAUCUUCCCACAGGCUACGAGAAGCGUGGCGUAGGGUUGGACUUUGCCAUCCUGGAUAGCACCUUCCUCCUCUCUCAGGUCUUUCCUACUCUCUUCAUGGGCAUGAUCGUUCAGUUCACAAAGUCCGUCACUGCCUAUAUGGCCUCCUCCGCCAUCUUCGGCAUCAUCGCCAUCUAUCUGGCCAACCACAUCAUCUUUGACCAAAAGGACCUCAAGAGCUGAAAGAACCAGUAACCAGGAGUGAAGGAAUGCACUACCGCUCCCAGCUUGCAACACUCCAGUGUCGUUACUGACCGUUGCCAUGGCAUUACCAAUGCAUUGCAAUGAGGCAGCCCGUCUAUACGUUUGUGUGUAUGUGUGCGGCAGAAUUAAAGACAAAUGUAUACCCAUGACAAUUGUUCCCUCCAGAGUUUACUGCAGCCAGUUACUGUGUCUACAAGAGAGAGACUGUCUGUGUAUUUUGAGUGUCUCUCACCUUGUUCCUCUCAGCCACAUAGAUGGCCUCUCAGAUAAGUCCUUUCUCCUUCUCCUCAGGUACAACUAGCUUCACAGCAUGAUCAGACUCCAUCAGCCCUUAGACAACUGGAAUACAGAUGUAUUACCAUUUUACUCUCAUCUAUGUGUGAAGUGGAGCUUGUCAAUGCUAUAUCUUUAAAACAAUCUGCUGUUAGGGCUGGAUUCAAUCCGUAUUGCGGAGGAUCUGCGUUAAAAUGUAAAGGUAAUUUCCGAUUAAGCCGACAUAUGCAGCUUUUACCGUGAAUGCAGUCCGCGGGAACAUUGCCUUUAAAAUUAAAUAGAGCUAUAACGUGGAUAUUCAGCGAUAUUUCUGCGAUACGGAUCGAAUCCAGCCCUUAGUCAAAGUCAACAGGAGAUUAUUGCCCACUUCUCAUGCAGACUGGCCAAGAGAUAUAAAUAGCCAAUCUGGAGAGCCCAUCACCUGCUUUGGAAAGGAUCUGGGCUCACAUAGCUCCAUGCUGCUACUCUAGGGGCAUUUCUGUCUGUUUGUUAUUCUCAGCCAGGUUGUGCUUGCAGUCACAAUGAUUAUGCAUUGCUUACCGAAACAUACAUGUUAUCACACACGUGAUAAGUCAAAUGGGACCAUUGGACUUGUUCGUCAAGAAACUGCGAAUAGAAAAUUUGGGAAUGUUAAGGGUAACUGGCCCCGAGUGUUGGAUGGUUUUUGGUAAUUAACAGGUUUACUGUAUAUAUUUUGUAUAUGAAUACAUAUAUUUAUAUUCUUAUGGGAAUUUCUUAUGCAACCUGUUUGGGUGAGGUCAUCUGUGUAACUGUGGUUGUGUUAGAAUGAAGUGGCUCAAUGGCAUCAUUGCAUUUAUGUUUGAAGUCUGUCAUCUCAGGAUAUCUCACCUCUUUUCUAGAAAUGUCAGACAGUGCCAUAUUGUGCUAUUUAUUACAUAAUUUCUACUGGCAUUAUCAUCACGUUCAACCUGAAAUGACACUCUAGGAAAGUAAAUAAGGUCAAUUAAUCAAUGCUGUAAAAAAUCCAGGUACAUUUAUUUUUGGAAACUCCAUUAAUAUUCCCAUGAGCAAAAGACCAAAAUGUCAUACUAGCAACACUGCAGCAAUACAGUGAACUGGUUUACUGAAAAUAGUUUCGGUAUGCAAGAUGACAGUUUUCUGUGUUCUGUCAAAUUGUUUAUACUUUGCUCUGUGUAUUGUACAUCUCUUUUGGAGGUCAACAUGGGUCUGUGAAAAGGUGUGUGUGUUUUUUUUUGGUUUUACUAUCCUUGUGGGGACCAGAUGUCCUCACAAGGAUA